AUGUUGCCGCUCGUGGCUUGUCCUUGCUGCCAUGUUCGUGACACCAUUGUGUUUCGUUCGAAAUCUAUUGCCAACCCUGGACGGGUGUUCUACAAGUGCCCCAACCAUCGUGUUGGAAUGAAUCCAUGCCAGGACUACUACUGGGAAGAUGGCCCAGAUAACUAUUUUGAUUUUCUGGUUAAGAAUGGACACGUAUCUAUUGCAAGAACAGGAAGAUCUGGAGGUAUCUGUGGUCAUUCAUUGGGUGAUAUAGAAAGUGAAGAGGCAGAGGAGGAAGAAGACAGAGGUGUUGAAGUCCAGAAGAUUUGCAAUUGUGUGAUGAUUGAUGUUGUGAAGAAUCUGGAUGAGUUGAUCUGCUUAGUUAGGAUGUUCUUGUUUUGUAUUGUCACUUUGUUGGCUGUGAUGGUUUAUGUAGUGGCUCUGAAAUGA